AUGGCGACCAAAUCCAACUUCAAGCGGGCUGUGCCCCAGACACAGCAGUCCGUCCUCGCGUCGCUAAGAACGACGCAGUUGGUGAAUGAUGAUUCCAAAGCUGUGUUACCUGCCGAGCUCAUCAAUGCGAUCCUCGAUUACCUACCCAUUGCCGACAUGUUCAGCUUCGCACGCACCUCGAGACGUAUGCGGGAGAUGGUAUACGAUGACACGAGGUGGAUACAAAGACUUAGAACCAUGGGCUGCUGGAACGAAGCGGAAGCAAAGCGUAGAUUUGACGAAUCAAGGCGGAAAAAGUUAGAGGCACAGAGAGCGGAGGAGGCCCGUAGAUCUGGUGUUGCACUCAAUGGCAGCACCAACGGGAUGCCCCCAGGGGACGACAUACCUGGAAAGACCAGCAUGACGCUUUUUGAUGCCACAAUAGAGGAGGAUAUGCUGCGGAAGUCACAGGAACACAGAAAUAGACCACGGUCUACUACGUUGGACAAGGGCUUCAAUGAUAUGACCCUAUCAUCAUCUGGAACGCUGGCCCCAAGCUCGUACACCGUGGAUCCGCAGGCGGCUGUAAAGGUUCUGUCGAAUGUGCGUUCUAUUAGAGGCAUGGCACGACAAGAGUAUGGGAAGGUCUAUGGAGCGCUGGCCCCAUUCUAUUACGACUUGGAGAGAUCAAGAAGUCACACAGAUCCCAUACUAUUUCGGACCUACCGUGAUCCCGAGCAACAGGCACAAAUGCUGGCGCAGCUCAAGAUAUUUGCAAAGAGCGAUUAUGCGCAAGGUUGGGGCCAGCGGGAGGAGAAGCUGGAUACAAUGACUGGCAUCUUUGAGAACGCUGUACUCAGAGAGUUCGAGCAAGGCUACGCGGAAAAAGACUUUGAUGGUCGUAUGAAGAGAUUUGCUACAGUCUUGGUGGCCCUGAACGGAGGCGCGGCAUGUUUAGACUCUUUUAUUCACAACCACCCUUUGAUGUUGGAAAAAGAGAAGCUCGGUGACCCUGCAGAUUGCCUGCGCAACGAAGUCUUGACAUUGGAACCAUCCCACGAGUUUUUCAGAGGAUUGGCGAGUGCACUCAACGAAGAAGCAGGCAUCAUCGACCGCGUCUUCCCACCCACUGUUGACGUGCUACAAACCUUCUUCGAGCGCGUUGCGGACGAUGUCAUUGCCGAAUACCUCACAACUCUGUUUGACGAGGCUCACGAUAUAAGCAUUGAAGCGUACCUCAAAGCGGUUGCAGGUGUCUACGAGCAAGCGCUUCAACUCGCAGUCUCCUUGCAUCCUACCAAGGCAUCCAAGCCCGAUUUUAGAGAAGAGGCGAUGCGCAUCGUGUCUCGUUGCUUCGAGCAACACAUCGACCUUUAUCUACAGGAGGAACUAGAUUACUUUAAGCGAAAGUCGGCAGCAGAGGUCGAUCUUUGGGAGAAGCGACUAAUGGAAGAAGAGCAAAGCACCGAAACUCUAUACAUGGCGAACGUCAACAGGAAAGCUGUUAAACAAGACUUUCUGUCAUCGUUCAAGAAGGUGGUUAUGAUGCCCGUCAGCGUACUCCCCACUAUCGGCGGGUCUAGUACUAGUAAGCCAACCGAAAGUGCACCUGGAAUGAAUGGCAGUGCUACAUUGGAGCCUUCUUCAAGGAUUGGUACUCCAGGCCCUGGCGAUCGAUCGCCUACACCACGAAUCGAAGCCCCGACGACCGAGCUUGCCGCUAAAGCAGCCAUCAUGAACUCUCGUUUGGAAGGUAUCAGGUCGCUGUUUAGCAUCGAGGUGGCGCUGAACCUCACACACAUGGCCAAGUCUGGGUUGGAACGGGCUGCGCGAUUCGUUAGACUUGGUGGACAGUCUGGUGAAGAGGCAAAAGAGCAAUCCGAACAAAUCUUCAUCAAUUUGGUUCAAAUUCUCGGCAAUCGUCACAUGAAGUUGGGAUUCGACAAGGCUGUCAGUCAUUUGGCUGAUUAUAAGCCAAGAGAAGUUGCCGAUCAUAGCAAAGAGGGUGUCGCACCGCUGGUUGCCUUCUUGGAGCUUGUCAACGUUGGCGACUUGAUACAGCAAAUGGUCGAGGUAUUCUACCUCCAGGAGCUUGUAGCCGCCAACCUCACAGACCGCGACGAUUUCCUCAGUCUUGCAGCCAAGGAAAAAAAGCGCUUCGAAGCCAUGUUGGAUGAACGGGUCGCUGCCGGUCUCAACAAAGGUAUCGAUGUGCUGAUGGACGAAGUAGAGUAUUUGUGCGGCACUACCCAGCAUCCAUCUGAUUUCAACCCUCCUGUAGGGCCCAACGGCCAAGUGCAGAUGUCCGACAUUGGACCCAGCCAGACAGCUACAAAGAUUGUGGAAGUUGUUUCGUCACAUACAAACAUGCUCAUCGGUAGCACAGACAAGAACGUCCUAGAUGUCUUCAACCAAGAAGUGGGUGUGCGCUUGUUCACUGCUCUCUGCAAGCACUUGAAACGCCAGAGAAUCAGUGUGGACGGUGCCAUCAAACUCAUCAGUGACAUGAAUGCUUACAACGCCUACAUUGUCUCGCUGCGCAACAAGCCUCUUAUGCAGUACUUCGCCGCACUCCGCGAACUCUCCCAGAUAUAUCUCAUCGACGCAAAGGAAGCGAAGGAGAUUGCUACGAUUAUUGCAGACACGGAUCGCUAUCAUGGAAUAUUCCGGGCAGAGGAAGUAUACGAGUUUGCUGAAAGGAGAGCGGAUUGGUAUCAAAUCAAGGGUGCUGUGGAGAAGCAGAUGUCGGAGCUGUACCUGAGCUCCACAAUACUUGGUGGACUUGGGACUGGUCCUUACAGCGAUCACCACUCAAGCUUGCGACCACUAAUUCUAGGAGCUCUUGCUGUGAAGGAAGGAAACAUCGCAGCCAUGACAGAGCCCCUCCCCGCCGAAGUGGAAGCUUCCUACUCGGUCAUCAUCGACGAGAUCCUACGCGCCAGCGACAUCAAUACCAUCUCUGCAAAGCGCAUACGGAAGGGUCUACAAGAAAGAGUCGAGGAUGACCUUUCCAAGCAGAAGGAGCAAAUCACUACGCUCAUUAUGCAGCGGUUCGACAAGUUCAACAACGAGCAGAAUGGCGGAUCCGAAGUUUCUGAACCCAUACCUACAGUUGAAAACGGCGCAAAGACUUCGAAUGAUGAUACCUCGGACGUCUCCCACAACAAGCGAUCGCCGCCCGGUGACGAGUCAGCGCUGUCUGAGGUCGAAGAUGUUGCACCUCCUAAGAAGAAGGUCAAGAAGACCAAAGUCAAGGACGAGGACGAUGAUGCGGCUUUCGCGGCGAGGUUACAGGCCGAGGAGAACGCGCGCAUGGGCAGGGCGACACGUGGUGGGAACACAAAGCGGAAAGCACCCGCGCCGAAGAAGCCCAAGACUAAGAAGAAGAGCUCAACCCGGAUCAAGGAUGAAGAUGACAGCGACAUUGCGUCAGGUAGUGGAGGAGAAAGAAGAGCCCAAGUCGGAAAGGAGGUUUCCAUGUCAAAACCGAUGGCUCUUUCUCCAGCCCUCUCCGAGCUCCUUGGCGAAACCCAGUUGUCGCGUCCACAGACGGUUAAGAAGAUAUGGGAGUACGUUAAAGAGCGUGACCUGCAAGACCCUGCAGACAAGCGUCAAAUCCGCUGCGACGAUGCUAUGCGCGCAGUCUUCAAACAGGACCGCGUUCACAUGUUCACCAUGAACAAGAUCCUUAACCAGAAUCUCUAUGCUGUGGAUGAGGUCAUCUCUACAUAG